ACUUGGUGCCCGCUGUCGAGCUUGGUGACUCGGUGCCCGCUGUCGUGCCAGGUGACUCGGUGCCCGCUGUCGUGCCAGAUGACUCGGUUCCCGCUGUUCUGCCAGAUGACUUGGUGCCCGUUGUUGAGCUUGGUGACUCGGUGCCCGCUGUUCUGCCAGAUGACUCGGUGCCCGCUGUCCUGCCAGAUGACUCGGCACCCGCUGUCGAACUUGGUGACCCGGUGCCCGCUGUCUUGCCAGAUGACUCGGUGCCCGCUGUUCUGCCCGAUGACUCGGUGCCCGCUGCCCCGCCCGAUGCCCACUACCUUGCCUGAUGGCCCGGUGCCCGCUGCUCUGCCUGAUGUGCCUCUGCCCGCUGCCCCGCCUGAUGUGCCAGCCCCUGAUAUCCAGCCAGUUACCUGACUCAGGCGGCUGGCCAGCGGGUGCUCUCAGCAGCC